UAAGUGAUUAAUAAGUUCCUCUCCUUCCUCUCUGUGUCUCUAAUCUCUCUUUCUCUCUCUCUCUCUCUCUCUCUCUCUUUAGAGAUACAUGAAUUCGCUCUCUACCUCUAAACGCUGUAACGGAGGUCUCUCAUAAAACGCCGUUACUUUCUACGGAGAGAAAAGGGUUAUUUAAGCACGUGUCGUUUUUUGAAAAAAAUUUAUAUUUUUUAAUUUUUUAUUUAAUUUUUUUUUGGGGGAGGAGGGGUUUAUCGUUUUUAUGUUAAUGAUGGCUUUGGAGCAGCAAUUAAGUCAGGCACAAAACCCCGUUGACGGCGAAGCUGACGGCGUUACUAACGGCGUUGAGGCUGCGCGGCCGACGUCGUUUGUUGACGGCGACAAAACGCCGAGGCUGCCACGGUGGACGCGGCAGGAGAUUCUGGUCCUGAUACAGGGGAAGCGGGUGGCGGAGACUCGGGCGAGGCAGCGUGGCAGGUCGGCCGGGUUGCCAUUCGGGUCGGGUCAGGUGGAGCCGAAGUGGGCGUCCGUGUCGUCGUACUGCAAGCGACACGGGGUGAACCGGGGCCCCGUGCAGUGCCGGAAGCGGUGGAGCAAUUUGGCCGGCGAUUACAAGAAGAUUAAGGAAUGGGAGUCUCAGGUGAAGGAGGAAACGGAGUCGUUUUGGGUCAUGAGGAAUGAUUUGAGGAGGGAGAGGAAGUUGCCCGGGUUUUUCGACAAGGAGGUUUAUGAUAUCCUUGAUUCCGGGUCGGGUGGGGCUCCGGAGACCUCAAUUCCUGGCCUCUCUUUGGCUUUGGCGGCUCCGGGUUCUGCGGCGGAGGAUACGGAGGCGGAUGCCGGAGUUUUGUUCGAUAGUGGAAGAACCGCCGCCGCGGAGGAUGGGCUGUUCUCGGAUUUCGAGCAGGAUGAAUCGGGUCGGAGUCGGACCCCCGAAAAAGAGGCUCCACCGGUUCCAAAGGAGGUUCCUGCUCCUACGCCAAUUUCCGAGAAGCAGUAUCAACCAGUACUACGAAGCUGUCAGGGUCAAGGUACAACAAAUGAGAAACAGCCGGCUUCAAAUCCUGAGAUAGGAUCUACGUCUCAAGAGGGACGGAAGCGAAAAAGGCUUGCAAUAGAAGAAGAUGAGGAAACAGUUAGUCUGCAGAAUCAGUUGGUUGAUGUACUAGAAAAAAAUGCGAAAAUGCUGAGUGCUCAACUUGAAUCUCAGAAUGUGAAUUUCCAACUGGAUCGCGAACAGCGGAAAGAUGAUGUUAGUGGUUUGAUUGGUGUUCUUAAUAAGCUUGCAGAUGCUUUAGGGAGGAUCGCAGAUAAGUUGUAGCGGACAGGAAUCAGAAUACGGUGUACAUAACAAGAGUUCUCUCCAACAUUAAUAGACGAUAGCAGAGGCUGAAGAAUGGAAAGCAUGAGAUUUAAGGAUUUAUAUCUAGAUGAUGACAUUCAAUAUGGCAUUCAAAUAUGUUUUUCUUGAUUUUUUCUUUUCUUUCUUUAUAUAUCUCCUUUAUUCGCCACUUGUGUGGCUUAUUACUGCGUCAUAGGUUACAUACACAGAUAUUGAUUACAGAAUUUCAGAUACCACAUUUCCGCUUCUCUUCUGUUACAUACCUCCAGUUUAUAGGAUAUUCCUCUCGUUAAUGUUUUUGUGAUUGUACAAGUUCUUGAUUUUAGUCAGCUUUAUAAGCUUUUAUUUUUUUA